GGAAUAAUUGUAUCUACAACUGUCUAUGGAUCUGCUCAAAUUCAGUUCUGGGAUGAACGCAUCAUACAUGACUGUGGUUUCACUUGGACAAUACAAAAAGGCACAUUGGUUAAAGAAUAUCCUGAAAAAUUACCUCCACAGCUCCCGUGCAAAAUACACCUGCAGGAGUACAGCAAACUUAGCAUGUUUGCAGAGACAGAAACUUUACAAAACAACACUGGCCUCAUACAAGCUGUUAUCAGUGGUCUAGAAGCUGAACAACUGCUUCCAAUGACCGCAACUCUAAUGAGCUUCAACACAACCAGUUUGCCUAUUAUGAUUAGUGUGAGUUUAUAUCAAAUUAAUACUAAUGAUUUUUUUGUGUCAAGUGUGCUUGUUAAUUUUUCUUUGCAGCUGGAAAAUGCCAUGGAGAAGCAAAUUUUCAAAGUGAGACACUACAUUUCUGAGUAUCAAGACAAAAAUGAAUCAAGUUUUGCUGUUGUGGUUGUCUAUGUGAACAAGGAUAAUAUUAAAGAUAUACUGCCUGUGGAUGAAACAAACACAUCUGUUCACUCACAGAGGCUUGUCAAACAGGUUUAA